CGGUUAUGAUCAAUGAAGAUCAAAUGAGCUAUAAAAACUUUUUAAGAAAGAGUGAUGGGCAUUUUAACUACCUUUUAAGUAAAGUGGAAAAACAUACUUAAAAACAAACUCCAUUUUUACGUAAGUCAAUACAGGCUAAAACUAAAUUAGAAAUCAUACUAAGAUUUCUGGCAACAGGUUAACGAUUUUUGCCUGAUUUUUGGAGAGAAUGGGACCUUAGUUUAAAAUUAAAGUUUACGAAAUAAAUAUUUCAUAACGUUUUUACACUGUGAUUAACAACAGCGCCAGUGUUAUCAACGAUCAUACAAGAUUUUAUACGUUAUCAGUUAUAAAUAGCGGGAAAGACGAAUGAUGGAUUUCCCUAGGGAAAUUAUUAUUGUUUGUAAUUGACAUGAACUGUUUUUUGUCAAAUUUCAAUUCAAAGUUUUAGCAAUGUUCGCCGAAUGUGAUUUGUCGAACUCACGGGUUUGGAGGUAAAAUUCGUAUUAGUUGAAACAAAAAGCAGAAGAUGUGUGGCAGAACUGCAUGCAACUUGAAAAGAGAAACCUACUGCAAAGCAUUAAGCUAUAAAGAUCGUAAUGACAAAUUAUAUCGACAACCAGAAUGGUACGAGUUGGAAAACGGAGGCCAUGAAUUUAAAGCAUCAAACAACAUAGCCCCAACUGAUGUAACUCCUGUUCUUGUAUCUGGCGAAGAAUUUGUUGAUUAUCCAUCGAGAUUACUGACUCCUAUGGUAUGGGGUAUGAUACCCCCUUGGCAUAAGGGAAACUUAAAUGAUCACGGAUUGAGCACAAAUAAUUGUCGAAUAGAAAAUUUGACUACUUCCAAACUUUAUAGUGGACCAUUAAAUGAUGGAAGGAGAUGUAUUGUAGUUUGUGAAGGUUUCUAUGAAUGGAAGACUACAGAAGGCCCAGGAAAGAAAAAGCCUUACUUUAUACAUACACCUCAAGAAAAAGAGGUUUCAGUUUAUGAUAAAAAUGCUUGGGAAUCAGGUCAUUGGUCUGGGAAAUCUGGUUGGUGUGGACCAUCUCUACUUAAAUUAGCUGGAAUUUAUAAUAAAUGGAAGUCACUUACAGGUGACAUUUAUAGCUAUUCAGUUAUCACAAUGGAAUCGAGUAAAACGUUUUCCCAACUUCAUCAUAGGGUACCUGCAGUCUUAGAGAAUGAACAAAUGAUAGAUGAUUGGUUAGAUAGCAGAAGGAUAUCUUCAAGUCGAGCCAUAUCUAUACUUCAUCCUACUGACAAUUUGACAUGGUAUGAAGUAUCAAGCAUAGUUAAUAAUUCACGUAACAAAAGCGAAAAUUGCAACAAGCCUAUAUCAAAAAUAGUAAGCAAAAGCAGUACUUUUAUGACAUCUUGGUUAACUGGAAAAAAUAAAAAUGAUGAUAGCAAUGAAGAAAAUUCAAUGAGGAAAAAGCCAAAAAUUUAAUAUUUUUCACUAUAAAAAUGUAAAUAUUUAUAACAGUUAAAAUAAGACAUA